AUGGUUACCAAACAUGGCAAACAAUUCCAAACAAGCCGUGUGGCAAUGGCAUUAUUAACGUUCUACUCAACUCCUCUUGUACGAGAAUAUCAAUCGACUUUGAUUUCACGUGCCUGUUUUUUCGCGUCCUUAUGUUUUCUAGUGUGCGUAUUUUCUCCUUUAUUAGUUGCCUACAGUAGUCAUGGAUUUUGGGUAAAACAUAAUGUGCAUCGAGAACAACCGGAUGUCCGCUUCAAGUACCAGGCAUUACUUUUGGCUCGUUCACCAUCCAGCGACGUUACGUGGAGCACUUUCACCGAAUAUAAUUCACUCACUAGUCAAUAUUUGCAUUUUCCAUCAAUAACUGUUAUGGAAAAAGAUGAAGAUGACGACGGACUUAUGGAUGGACUAGAUUUGAGUUUGGAACUGGAGACUAAUCAAACAAUUCAUUUCAUUCAGUUAUUUUUAAUAUUUUCUUACCGAUUAAAAGAUAUCUCAUCCAUAACUAUGGAAUCAUUGGCCGUGAUUCAAUAUAAUUCUGGCAUUCCGUUAACUGGAUUGCACUACGUAGGGGAUUUACAAUGGCUGCAGAAGCGAAUGCUCAAUUACCGACAGUCAGACAACCGUUAUAAUCAAACCGUAAUGGGACAAUUUGAAAUCUCCGAUUUGCUUCGAGCUUACAACGAACGUGACUAUGGAACCGAAACCCGUAAUGGGCACUAUUCUCCGAUUUACGGUCCAUCCGAUGGCUUAUUGCGAGUCCACAGUUACAUUCGAUACACGGAAGCGGUUCUGGAAUAUACGCCUGGCCUCUGGAAUGUUCUCAAGUGGGCUUGGAUCCAGUACGCUUCCAUUCUGUUGAUUUUCUCCUAUGUAGUAGGUAUUUUCAAGAACGUCGUUUUCGGCCAACAGAUGAUUCCAACAUGGAAUGAAAAACGUAUAAAAACUGUCAGCCAUAAUUUUAAAUGA